UUUGCCUCUCCACCGAGCAGUCUUGACUCCGGAGGGGCCGGUCCCUGGACGGGGUGCUUUUGCAUGCGAAGCCGCCGCCAGUACAGUAUCUGGUCUCCGGAGAGGCUACUUGUUGAAAUUUGAGGAGGGAGGCGUCUUCUCAGAGAGCUUGGCUGGAGAAGCCUGAGUGAUUGCCCCAAGGACGCGGGUGAUGGCUGCGGAGGUGCCGAGAGCAGCCCCUCCCCUGAGCCCCACGGUCCAGGGACCCCCAGAGGAAGACGAACAGGAGGAGGAGGUCACCACCAUGACCCUGGAGGAUGACUCUUGGGUACAGGAGGCUGUGCUGCAGGAGGAUGGCCCUGAGCCCGAGCCCUUUCUCCAGAGCACUGACAAGGGCAGCCCCUGCGAGGAGGUGGUCGGAGGGCCACAGGGCGCCCUCGGCCGCCUGCGGGAGCUCUGCCGGCGCUGGCUGCGGCCAGAGAUGCACACCAAGGAACAGAUGCUGACCGUGAUGCCAAGGGAAAUUCAGGCUUGGCUGCAGGAGCACAGGCCGGAGAGCAGCGAGGAGGCAGUAGCUCUGAUGGAAGACUUGACCCAGACCCUUCAGGACAGUGAUUUUGAAAUCCAGAGUGAAAAUGGGGAGAACUCCAAUCAAGACAUAUUUGAGGACGGGGAGUCGAGUGAGAUCUUCUCAGAAAUGCCGGAGGGGGAAGGCGGUCAGCGGUCCGGCUGGGAAAGUGACUUUGAGAGGGGCUGCGGCUCCCGGGGGCCCCGGAGAAAGGCCCCAGGUAAGGACCCCAGGGAGCUGCCAGCGCAGCGUCGGGGGGCCGGGCAGCUCAUCGGCCUUCAGGGCACCUACCUAGGCGAGAAGCCCUACGAGUGUCCCCAGUGCGGCAAGACCUUCAGCCGGAAAUCCCACCUCGUCACGCACGAGCGCACCCACACGGGAGAGAAAUACUACAAAUGUGACGAAUGUGGGAAAAGCUUUAGUGACGGUUCAAACUUCAGCCGACACCAAACGACUCACACUGGGGAGAAGCCUUAUAAAUGCAGGGAUUGUGGGAAAAGUUUUAGCCGGAGCGCCAACCUCAUAACCCACCAGAGGAUUCACACGGGCGAAAAGCCCUUUCAGUGCGCCGAGUGUGGCAAGAGCUUCAGCAGGAGCCCCAACCUCAUCGCGCACCAGCGAACCCAUACCGGCGAGAAGCCCUACUCGUGCCCGGAGUGUGGCAAGAGCUUCGGCAAUCGGUCCACCCUUAACACACAUCAGGGAAUCCACACCGGAGAGAAGCCCUACGAGUGUAAAGAAUGCGGCGAAACCUUCACCUACAACUCCAACCUGAUCAGGCACCAGAGGAUCCACACGGGGGAGAAGCCGUACAAAUGUUCCGACUGUGGGCAGAGGUUCAGCCAGAGCUCGGCCCUCAUCACACACCGGCGGACGCACACGGGGGAGAAGCCCUAUCAGUGCGGAGAGUGCGGGAAGAGCUUCAGCCGCAGCUCCAACCUGGCCACGCACCGCAGGACCCACCUGGUGGAGAAGCCCUACAAGUGCGGGGAGUGCGGGAAGAGCUUCAGCCAGAGCUCCAGCCUGAUCGCCCACCAGGGAGUGCACACGGGCGAGAAGCCCUACGAGUGCCUGACCUGCGGGGAGAGCUUCAGCUGGAGCUCCAACCUCAUCAAGCACCAGAGGAUCCACACCGGCGAGAAGCCCUACAAGUGCGGCGAGUGCGGGAAGUGCUUCAGCCAGCGCUCCCAGCUGGUGGUGCACCAGCGGACCCACACGGGCGAGAAGCCCUACGAGUGCCUCAUGUGCGGCAAGAGCUUCAGCCGAGGCUCCAUCCUGGUCAUGCACCAGAGGGCGCACUUGGGGGACAAACCCUACAGAUGCCCCGAAUGUGGCAAGGGCUUCAGCUGGAAUUCGGUUCUCAUCAUACACCAGCGAAUCCACACCGGGGAGAAGCCCUACAAGUGCCCCGAGUGUGGCAAAGGCUUCAGCAACAGCUCCAACUUCAUCACACACCAGAGAACGCACAUGAAAGAGAAACUUUAUUGAUGUGGCGGAGAGGGUCAGUGAAGGGGCUGGCCCAGGAGGGGGAACAGUCACAACACCCCCACGUAGGGACGUCUCAUUAGGUAGAAGAGCCGUUCUUGAGUGGUCUUUGCGGGUUUGUGCCAGAACCGCCUGCUCGUCCUUCUUCCUAGGAUCCCAUUGUCUCAGUGGUUGGAGCCAAACCCCAAGAACAGCUGGGCUGGAAGGUAGGGGAGCUGGUCAUCUUCUGCUUCACGGCUUGAUUGGCUCCCUCUCCUGGUCCCUCUGGGUCCAGAUCCUCUUUAGUGGGACUCGGCAGUGGUGGAAGGCAAGACAGCCUGGCCCGCACCCCGCCGAGUCCCCGGAGAAAUGCAGAUCUGCCAGUGCAGCCGGUGUCUGGGCUGCGGCUGUGCCAGGCUGAGGUGCCUGCAUCCCAGGCCCCUUGCCUGUGUGUUUGUUCUGGGCUUUGAUUUCAGGUCAACGUGGGGAGGCUUCUUCAAUUCUGAGUCACCACAUGAAGGUCAACUCUUUUUCUCUUUUCUGGAAAGUGUCAGGAACACCGACCAUGGGGUAGGUCCUGGAACCAGUGUCCCAAUAACCUCACUGAUAGUUGGGCAGGGCCUGGGGGGGAGACACAGACGAGGUUGACGUUUGCUUGUCUGCUGUUGUCCUGUGGUAAGUUGGCUGCCAGGGGCACGCACAAGUUUUUGUGGGGCUUGGUUUUUUUAGAGUGAAGGCAGAGACCCUGCCCCCAGCUCCCUCAUCUGCAGGGUGGGCUGGGUCUUUACCCCACAGACACAGUGCUCUGUAGCCAUCACUACACACCUGGCAGUUGCCCAUUCAUUUUUUAAAAAACGCUCUUACACAUGCAGAGCCAGACUUCUGUCCAGUAGCUUUUGUACUGUGAAUGUUAUUUUUAAGGAGGUCUGGAUUUUGAGGACACGUUCCUCAUCUGUUCCCAGGGGAGCUCUGGGCUUGAAUCAUUUGUCCUACAGAGGUCGCCCUUGGUUUUAGGGUGCCAGCGGGGCCUUGUGUGUGGGUCCUUGAGCCUUGAAACAGACAAGAUGGCGAUGAGAGCAGGUGGAAGGGUUUGUUAUGAAAAGAGCAGAUACGGUGUUUCUGGGAAAUGCCAAACGGCCUCUUCCCACACGGGGGUCUGCUCAGAAUGGGCCUUGGUUCUUACAGGGUGGAUGCUUGGUGUUC